UGACGAAGAGCAACAUACGAGAAACAGCUGUGAACAGCGACAGAGCGGCUAGCUGAAGUUUAGUACAGUUGCAGUGUGUUAGCUGUCAGAAACAUUUGAUUUUUGGAUUUAUAAGCGGAGAAGACAAGAACAGCAAGAUUAACUUGCACGUUGUGUCAAUGAACUGAUACGCAUUUGCUGCGGCUGCCUUGCCGGCCUGACGCACAAGUUAUAUUUAGCCUAAUAGCUUGCUAGUCACACAGCUAGCCGUGUUAGCUGCUGUAGCUCUAGCUUAGCUGUCUGUCACCCGGGUUGUUUUGUUCUCUGUAAAAGUGGCACCUUGUUUUAUAACACAUGAGUGUGUCGCUGGUCGUUAUCCGUCUGGAAUUAGCCGACCAGUCACCUUGUCCACAAGGUUUCCAGUACUCCGCCGUUGAGGGCAUGUCAGAGAAAGAUCUGCAGGAGAAAGCUCUGGGUUUAGCCAAACACACUCUGAGUGGAAAGACUGACCUGGAGAGAGCAGCCGUCCUGCACCAGCACAUUGGCAGCAGAGCGAUGGGGGACAUGGUUAUAGAAACCUUUGAACCCAGCCCAGAUAAGGGAGGAGGUGAAGAGCCAGAUGGUGAACUUCAGGAUGCAAAGACUGAAGCAGAAAGUCAGGAAGGCACAGAGGGUUCACAGGACAGCAGCACUCCAACAUCCACCACUCCAGACUCCCCCUCCAAGCAGCUGCCAGACCAGAUCUCCUUCUUCAGCGGGAACCCCUCAGUGGAGAUCAUCCACGGUAUCAUGCACCUGUACAAGACCAACAAAAUGACUUCCCUGACUGAGGAUGUCAGACGCAGUGCGAUGGUGUGCAUCCUGACUGUCCCAGCCACUAUGACCAGUCAUGACCUCAUGAAACUCAUGGCGCCAUUUAAUGAUGUCAUGGAACAUAUGAAGAUCAUACGGGACUCCACCCCCAACCAGUACAUGGUUCUCAUUAAGUUCUGUACACAGGCAGAUGCAGACAGUUUUUACACAGCCUGUAAUGGCCGUCAGUUCAACUCCAUAGAAGAAGCAGUGUGCCAACUGGUGUAUGUGGAGCGGGCAGAGGUUAUAAAGUCUGAAGAGGGAGCCAGCCUACCUGUGAUGGAGCUGACCGAACUACCAAAGUGCACUGUGUGCCUGGAGAGAAUGGAUGAGUCUGUCAACGGCAUCCUCACCACUCUCUGCAACCACAGCUUUCACAGCCAGUGUCUCCAGCGGUGGGAAGAUGCCUCGUGUCCCGUAUGUAGGUACUGUCAAACACCAGAACCAGUUGAAGAGAACAAAUGCUUUGAGUGUGGAGUACAGGAGAACCUGUGGAUUUGUUUGAUCUGCGGUCACAUUGGUUGUGGCCGCUACGUUAGUCGGCAUGCCUACAAGCACUUUGAGGAAACGCAGCACACUUACGCUAUGCAGCUCACCAACCACCGUGUCUGGGACUACGCAGGAGAUAAUUAUGUGCAUCGGCUCGUGGCCAGUAAGACUGACGGGAAGAUGGUGCAGUAUGAAUGUGAAGGAGACACUUGCCAAGCUGAGAAAAUUGAUGCACUCCAACUAGAGUACUCAUACCUCCUGACGAGUCAGCUGGAGUCUCAGAGGAUUUACUGGGAGAAUAAGAUUGCUCAUCUGGAGAAGGAGACAGCCGAGGAGAUUAACAACAUGAAGGCAAAAUUUAAGGAGACGCUGGAGCGCUGUGACAACUUGGAACAACGACUGGGAGAAAUAACCAAAGAUAAGCAGAGCAUGGAGAAAAAGUGCACUCAGCUGAACAGUCGAGUGCUGAAGCUGAGCCAGGAGCUGAAGGAGGAGCAGGAGAUGAACUGCUGUCUCAGAGCCAAUCAGAUGCAGCUGCAGUCACAACUGACAGAGGAGGAACGCAAAGGAAAGGAAAAUGGAGAUCGUAAGGACGUGGCGAUAUCAGAGCUGCAGGAGCAGCUCAGAGACGUGAUGUUUUACCUGGAGACCCAGCAGCAGAUCGAACACCUGCCUCCAGAGGCUCGCAGUGAAAUCCAGGAGGGACAGAUCAACAUCCCAGCUGGUCCGCCAGACAGCGGUCUGGGCUCAGCGGGGGCAGGCCCCUCCUCCAGCAGGGGCAGGAGAGGCCGGGGCAGGAAGAGAAAGUAGGGCAGAAACUGUACAGCAGCCCCUCAGGGUGGACAUGUUUACGGCUGUACUUUUGUCAACAUGUUGGCAUGGUUGUGGCUCCCCAGAAAGCACUCAGACAGGACGACUUCAUGAAGAAAGAGUAAAAAGUGAUACUUA